CUUCGCUCCACCUCACCGCACAGCUGAUCAAAUGUCAAGAUGGAGUUUUGUUACGCAUUUAUCAGAUAAGAAAAUGUACAAUAUGAAAACUAGUAAUAUUAUUUUUAUAUCCUACGUGGGUUAAAAUGGAUAGCACAGCUCCAUUUCAACCUUGGGCUAAAGAUGGUGUGAAAAAUGUUAAAUCCGAAAGAGAACAAGUGGAUGACGCGAAACUUCAUCAAGAAAAUGUCAAUCAUCCAAAACAUACGCAAACUGCGUCUUACGAUAAAGAUAGUAUUUCCGCUUCAAACGAAGAUCCGGGACCAUCGAUUGCCACGGAUCCUACUGCCGGGCCCUCCAGGAGCAAAGAGCCCAGAAUGGACUCUGAAAAAAUUGCUUCCAUGCAACAAUUUAUCGAGAACACCCUCAGCCAUGAAGGAAGACAGCGAGUUGGCCAGCUGUUAGAGGAAGUGGAAUCUCUGAGUGGUGCAGAGAGGCUCCUCUUGUACUUGCGGCUGCCCACCGGCAUACCGCCACAUGAUCCACUCAAGCAGCCAAUAAACCCGCUGGGCUCCAGGGCUGAACUCCAGCAAACUGUAACAUGGAUACAAACACAUCUGGAAGUUGAUCCUGACGUCUCAUUGCCCAAGCAGGAUGUGUAUGAUGAAUACAUAGCGCAUUGCAUGAGUAGCAACAUGAAGCCACUUUCUACAGCUGAUUUUGGUAAAGUGAUGAAGCAAGUGUACCCCAGCGUGCGCCCCAGACGACUAGGAACGCGCGGAAAUUCAAGGUAUUGCUAUGCUGGCCUUCGAAAAAAGAUUAAAUUGGAAGUUCCACAGUUACCAGAUUUGGGUGAAUCGUCAAAGGGGUUGCGUGAUACAUCGAGGGACACUGAACGGACUGUGCUUGACUGGGCGGAAAGUAAAUUAGGCAUAAAGUUGUCGAGCAUGUUGGAGCUGUCUCGGCAUGUGGCGUCAGCGGGAGCGUCGCGUGCGCCAGCGCCGCCCAGCCACACCCCGCCGCCCCUCGCCCCGUCGCACGUGCCAGGAUCUUCGGAGGAUCCAACAAACAGACAAUUGAUGAAACAGCUAAAACGGAAACUGCAGACGCAAGGUACACCAGGUCGACCGAAGAAGAACAAAGGCGUGGAAAUAUCGAGCGAGUCGCCACCGUCCACAUCAUACACGGCGCACGGCGCGCGCGGCGGGCACGCGCCGCCCGGGCACGCCGCGCACGCGCCCGUCAAGCACGAGAGCGAGCCCGCCGCUGAGCCCCCCUACCACUACCAGCCCGCCUACGUGUACGAGGCGCGCCCCCCAUCCUUCCCGCCGUACGCCGCCCCACCGCGGGCGCACCCGCCGCCCGCGCCGCACCCCGCCAUCCCCGGCCACGACUACCGCCCCGACGCCUACGUCUUCGAGCCUCCCUACGCCCCGCGCGACCUCACUCUACCGGCGGACGCGACUCACAACCUCCCGAUCAACCUCAGCAGCGACGCUUCUCUCGACUUGUCCACCGAGCGCACGGAGUGGCAGCGCCGACGGCCGCCCGAGCCGCCGCCGGCGCCCGUGCGCCUUCACCUGCCGGGCAAAAAGCUGAUACUGGAGACGUACCAGAGUGAGACGCGGGCGGGUUCGCCUCGGCCUUUACCGGCCGACAGCCGAGCGCCGCCCGCAGGGUCCCCCGCUCACGCUCCGGAGGAUUUUCCCAGGACCGAAUACCUGCCGAAAAAAAUGCGAGCCGCUGAGAUUCUGGGCGGCAAGCUAAGUGCCGCACGGCAUGCGCUAGCCGCCUCCACCUCCGCUUCCGGGACCGGAGCGGAAUCGUUAAGUCGUUCAGAGGUUGCUUUUUUAGAGGAUCCAAAAAACGUAUCGAACCGGUCCAAAAGCACCGCCGCGGCGCUGGCCCGGGAGCAACAGGAGGCGGCGAGUCCGACACGGUCGGUGAAGGCUCCGACGCCUAAGUGUGAGCGCAGCAAAAUACGGAAACCUGCACUGGAACGGUUCACUAGAACGAAAAGGACCUCUACGGACGGGACCGAUUCGCCGGAGCGGUCGGCUACUCCCGACUCGUGCUGCGGCUUGGACGGGAUCAACAUCAAGACGGGCAUGAUAUGCGAAGAGAAACACUCUGAAAUACUGAACAGAGAACGCGUGAUCAGCAUUUGCAACAUCGACAAGCACGCGCUCGACGACUACCUCAACGAAGGCAACAGCCAGGAGCACGAGGAGGAGCUGCUGCAGUACUUCCACCAGCGCGACGGCAACCCGCCCCCGCCCCCGCCGCCUCCGCCCGCGCCCGCUUGUGGUGACGCUGCUGCUUUUUUAGACACAGGCCUGGACCCGCAAGACGAUCAUAGUCAAGGUAAAAAUGAAAAAAUAUCUCAGCUGCGGGAGUUACUUGCGAAAAAUCUAAAGAAUCAAAGCGGGUCCAGUUCUCAGAGCCUUCCAUUGAAUAAGGAAAUUCAGCUGCCUCGAGAAAACGUACGCGAUCCUGUCGUUAACAUUGCCAAGUCCGUGGUCACGGAAGGGGCUUUCAAACCAGUCAUAAAUACCGGUAUUGUGACCAUGAACGGAUCGACUUCGACCGGCCAAGCCGAAUCGAACAGUCACAAAUAUCGUGCGACGAUGACUAACGGUAACGGAAGCGCUAUGCCCUAUACAAAUCCGUGCGGUCCAGGUCAGGUAUCGACGGCGGCGGGAACUCAUCUCUACAACGGAAACAGUCAUAAUGUACCUCAAAGUCCAACCACAAGAACGCAGCAGUAUGACUUCGUUCCUAUCUCGGACGGCUGCCACUCUCCCGGAAAUUUUCAUACUAAAUCUCCGGUCGGGUUCGUCCAAAGAGGUCACAGCCCGUCAAAGAUGAGCAAGCCAGCGAUGAUGGGCGGAUCGCUGCAGACAUCGCCCAUCUCGCACAGCACGGCCGCCAGCCCCUUCGUAAGCCCGCGUAACACGCCGGUGCCGCGCUCGCGACUCUGUCCCCGACCCAUACCCAAGCUCAACGGGAGGAAGAAAAGAAACCCGUUGUCGUUGGGCGUCGGAGAACCCAACUCAAAGCCGUUUGCUAUACCGAACGAUCAAAAGUUUUUUCCUAAAACAUCUUUAUGCGGGUCCAACGUCAAAUAUUGCCAACCCAUGUCGGCGCCUCCUUCGCCCAACAUAUUGACAUCACAAUAUAAGAGCCAUAUGUUCCAGUGUAACGCGGGCGUGUCGAAUGGCUCCAGCAAUCUUCAUUUAAAUUUUCUUCCGAAUGUACAGUUUCGAGACGGUAUAAACGGAGACAUGGCUCAGCCGCUGUCGGCGGAUCCUCUGUCGAGUGAGGUGAGUCAGUUCUUCCAGGAGUCCCUGGGGAGCUACCGAGCGCACCACGAGGCUUGCUUCCGCUCGCAGUCGGUGCCGUUGAAGCCGGGCGUGGGCGGGCCGCUUGCGUCCUAUAUGCACACGCCCGUCGGCUCCGUGCCGCCCACUCCCGUGCCCAACGAGUUCUGCGACUUUGGCUCUCUAGCCGAUACUUGUGACAUAUCUAAAGCAGGUCUCAACCCGGAGACGUUGGAUAAAAUUUAUGACGCCAUAGACAGUAGUAACAAUGUACUUAAUUCGACAGCCGCUCAAAACCUUCUAAGCUCUGGCAAUCCUUUGAGCAACCGUUGCGAUCCUUUGCCGGAGCAGCAGAUUCUGUCAGACGAGCAGUUGAACUCACUCAUCCCCGGCGACGAAGAACUACUCGACCAGUCUCCCGGCCAUUUAGCUAACCAUUUUAACCAUUCUUACCCAGAAGAUACCUCGGCUGCACCUGACAACGUCGAGGAUUUUUUGAAACGCGCGCACAGCAUCGAAUUCGAUCUGUCAGAGUUGGUAACGGAUAAAAAUAAAUACUAUACAUCACGUUCAGUUCCAAGUACUCCGUUACCUUUCAAACGAGCGGCGCCAAAUUCGCAAAUAGAUUCACGUCGCCCUCGCGAAUUGUUCGGGCCGAGAGAGUACUCCACCGCGUCGAACGGAAUUUCGUCCAAGUCUGUGCCGUCGACGCCGCAGCUGGCAGAGGAGCGCAGCGUGUUCAGCUACAGCAACCGCGACUUCCUCAUCAACGGCAACUCGGUGGAGGUGUGCGGCGCUCUGGGCGGCGCGAGCGCGGCCGGCGGCGCGCUGGAAGGCGAGGCGCUGGGCUCGCCGCUGCACGAGAUGGACAUGCUGGAGCCGCUCACGCCCGCCGCUGAGCUGCUGGCCGACCUCGACAAGAUCGACGGCCCGCCCUACGUCGACCUCUAGUCACCCUUCACCGCCGCGCAGAAUGUACCUAUAUAAAUCUAGGCCCGCUUUAUAUUUGUACAGAUGUUGAAGAGUUGUGUAUCUCUACUGUGUACAAUGACCUCGUAUGCCUUCAGUGAAGGUUAACUGCUAAUAAGUUUUCUUAUCGAUGGAUCGCACGGUACGCUCCCAAAACGUUGAGUCAAUAAAUUUACAGUGAGAUUGUGAUAAACGAGCAUUAGUUGUUAACCGAGCUAUCGGUGUUGACGCUAAUCUAAUUGAUAACCACCUUUGAUUGCGUGAAAAUAUUUUAUAACAUUUCACACUCGUGGUAGUCGAUUUUAUAAACCAAGUAGAUAAGUCAAUCCCCAUUAUACCGCUUGUAUUAUAUCAAAAUACCUACUGUACAGUACAGCUACUACUUACAGUAGUACUAGCUGCUACUUAAACAUAUAAUUAAAUAAUUCUUUUAUAGAGGCACUAGUUUAUUAUUACAUAAUAAUAAAAUAGUGCUAACAAAAACAGUUUAAGUGUUAGUGCCCCGCGGGUGUCACAAUAUAUGAAUGUGUACCGGUACCUGCACUUAGAAAUAAAAUAGCUCUCUUCCGUUAAAUAAGAAACACAGUUGUUUAGGUUCGACAGUGGCCUCUCAUAAGUGACCUGAAGAUUUAAAAAAAAAACGGUUACUUUACUGUCAUACGUACAGUUUCCUACCUUCCACACUUUCACGUCAUCACAAAUGCUCGAUUUUUAGUAAUAGAAACAACGAAAUAUGUAUUAUAUUAUAUACACGAACGGUGUUGUAGAGUAACAAAACGCAUUCGACGACCGAAUUCACGUUUGCUGUCCUUCGUUUGUUUAACUAGCAAGUAUCUACACAGACCAAUGCGUGCUGAGCGCGCUUAGGAAAUUACAACCAAUUGGUUUAUUGAUACUAAGAAUAGUAUAUAGUUUAUAAAAAAUGAAUUUAUUGUAAGUUAGCACAAAGAUUUAAUAUAUUUUAUUAUCACA